CCUCUCUCUCUCUCUCUGUCUCUCAUUAAUCUCCACACACCCCCUCAAAACUCAGUCCUCAAAUUGACCUUUCUGUUACACACAGCUACUCUAGGGUUUAGGAAUCCCAAUUUCAUGGACUUAUGCCUUCCUUGACACCGCCAACCAAUGUCUCACAUCAAGCGCAAACUUGACGAUUAUGCCCCCACCGACGACGAGGACGACGUUUCAUCGGACUUAGUUUCCGUCAGGAUGCGCAAAGACCAACCCAACGCCGUCAACUCCACAUCCAAUAACAGCCUCUCUCCACCCAACCACCCCUUCUACCCUAGGGUUUCCGAUGCUCAAUGUUCUACUUCGACACACCCUGGGUCAACUCGCUCACUUACUCGCCUCCAAUUCUUUGUCCGCUUGAUCUCCGAUGGCAACUCUCUUGUCCUCCACGGCAGUUCCGAUGACACAGUGCAAUCAAUUCACGAGAAAAUCCAAUCCAUCACCGGAAUUCCGAUCAUCGAGCAGCGGUUAAUUUAUAGGGGAAAACAGCUGCAGAGUGAACAAACUUUGUCCGAAUGUUCGAUCCAAAACGACGCCGGACUUCAAUUAGUCGGUCGCUUGCGGUCCACCAAACACCCUCAAGCUUGGCAAGUCAUCAACGAGAUGGUCUCAUUAAUUUGCAGACUCUGUAAGGGCGAGUCGACCAGGGGACAAUCCAAAAACGUAAAAUCAAGAGUAAUGGAGUUCCUCACAAUGACGCCGCGGAAUGAUAAUGAACAAGCGGCCGGACAUCUCCAAAUUUUUACGUCUUCUUGCGCCCCAGAAGCUCUGGUAAUGCUCUAUAUGUCCCCGCUUAAAGAUAAUAAAGAUAUCGCUGAUGAGGCAAUUCGGCACUUUAUUAAUUCUAGUAAAACUGUUUUGCCAAAAUCUAUACAUUCGCAAUUUGCGCCGAUACUUUUAGAGUUUUGUAAAUUGUUAAGUAGAGCUGGUCAUGAAGAUCGUUUGUAUAAUUUAUGUCGGAGUAGUUUGGGUUCGAUGGUGGAGUACAUUGGACUCGGUCGUGGGUCCAAAAAUGGGGGUGAGAGUAGUAAGUGUUUGAUUGCUGUUCAAGAGAUUUUUCCGUUUAUUAGUGAAUUAGCUGCAAGGUUGUCCAGUGAUUUAGUGUCGACUAUGGAAUAUGAUUUAACUGUCCGGCAGCCAUUGAGCGAUGUUAAGGAUUUCACUGCUUUUUUGUUAGCACUAAGAACUGCGAUAAUGGAAGAGCAAGUGGGGGGUCCCAUUGAAAUCCCAAUUCGUGAAGGUGUUUACAAUGUAAUGUGUUACAGGGAAGAGACCGAAUAUCUACAUGGGAUUUUUGUUGAUCUGUUGGAGAAAAUGGAACAAUGUUUGCAGAAGAUGGAGGAGUGUUUGGCUGUGAAAGAGAAAGUAGAAAGUGAAAGUCUUCGCCUUGGGUGGUGCCAGUAUCUUGCAAUAUUGAAAGAAUUGAAUUGUAUUUCAAAACUUUAUGGAGGUGCAGAGGAGCUGUUUUGGACGAAAUUGAGCUGUAGAAAAGAUUCUGUGUGUUUUCUUAUCGUCAGAUAUGCGAAGAGGAGUGACGAUCAUCAGUGGAUUCUUGAGCACAAAGAUGUGACUAAUUUCAAAGCGAGAAGGCAUUUAGCAAUGAUGAUACUUCCAGAAGUGAAGGAUGAGUACGAGGAGCUGCAUGAGAUGCUCAUCGACAGAUCACAAUUGUUAGCAGAAUCGUUUGAGUAUAUUGCACAUGCAGAUCUCGAUGCAUUGCGUGGUGGUUUGUUCAUGGAGUUCAAAAAUGAGGAAGCUACUGGGCCUGGAGUAUUGCGAGAGUGGUUUUUUUUGGUAUGCCAAGCCAUAUUCAAUCCUCAGAAUGCCCUCUUUGUAGCUUGCCCGAAUGAUCGUAGAAGAUUCUUUCCUAAUCCAGGUAAGCUCUCAGUGCUUUAA